CUUCGUAACCGCCUUCUGUUUAUUUAAAAUGUUAUUGGUUGUUAUUGUUUUGAGGUGCUACUGAGUCACAUGGUGCAAAUAUUUGACGAAUAAAAUUUUUAGUUUUCAAUAUGUAUUAAAGGUAUAGUGUAGUUGCAGAAUGGUGAUAAAUGCUGACAUAAAUUGAAAAUAUUGCGAUUGGGAAACAGUACUAAGUGCCUUAUGUUACAGAAUGGUGUAAAAUAUAAAAAAUACGAAUGCUAAAUAAUUUUGCUGAACGGGAAACAAAUUUUAAUUUUCAUACUCCAAUUCCAUUUUGUUUUCAAGAAUGCGUUUUAAUGAGAAGGAAAUAGCUUGCGUUGCAAUGCAACCAGGCGAUAAAGAGGGUAGAAUGUAUUACAAAGGUCCUGGUUUUAGAGAAGUAUAUAAAGAGAGAUGGUUCAAAUUGAAAGGCAAUCUACUUUUUUAUUUUCGACUCAAUGAACAUGGUGCUGUUUUUGAAAAUGAGCCUGUUGGAUUACUGGUAAUUGAACAAUGCAGAGUUCAAAAUGAAUUAUAUACAGAAUUACCCAAUGCAUUUUCUAUUACAUUUGCCAAUGAUUUUGAAAGAAGACAUUAUUUUGCUUGCCAAACACAAAAACAAACUGAAGAUUGGGUUAAUUAUCUAAAGUUGUGCAGCUAUGAAUAUCAACGUACAUUAUUAAAGGAGUUACAAGAGAAACUCUUAAAACGUACAGGAAGAGAUCCUUUAAGCACAUUUUCUUCCACAAAAAUAAGUGAACCAGUUGUCGAAGAAAAUGAUUCUGACACUUAUUUCAAUCGGGUGCAUCCAUUUUCUAAGUCAGAAUUUACAAGUUUAAUCUAAAGCACACUGGAAGGAUUUCUAGAAAAGCCACUUGUUGCCUGACACAGAGUAUUUAUUUUUUACUUCUGCAGUAUUGUUUUUCCUGUUGUAUGUAUUUUCUAUCCAUGUAGUUUUAUAAAUUUUUUUGUGUGUAUUGACAGUGUGAUUAUGUUUUCAUCCUUCUCAGGAAAAAUGGAGCAAAUUUUUGUAAUAUGAUUUUUUUUUAUAUCUAGGAAAACAGUUAAAUGUUAAUAUUCAUUGGUACCAUAAGAUCGUAUUUAUUUUGCAACUACACUGAUUUCAGUGCGUUUUUAUUAUAAUGCAGUUUAAUUUUUUAUAUUUAAUAUUUGCUUAUUAAUGUAUGCCUCAUAGAGAUUAUCUUCUUUCCUGGUCCAAAUACUUUGUUUAUACUUUACAUUUCUAUAUAUAUAUUCCAAGUAAGCUAGUCAAAUAAUAAACUUAUGUGGGGCUUUUUUUAAAAACUACAUCUAUUAUAUUAAAUGGAUUAGCCUGUAACAGUGCUAACAAUAUUUUCGUAUAAACUUUUUAAAAUGUUUAUUUGCAAGUUAGUAUUUUGGAGUUAUUUCAUAUUGUAUCUAUUUGUUGUUUUUCAUAUUAUCAGACCUGGUUCUGCCUAUUGUGUAAAAGUGUAUGUGCAUGGCCAUCCUGAACAAGAAGAAGGCUUGUCUUUUCCCAUUGAAUAAUUCAAAUAAAAAUGGAUAAGUCAAAAUGUGUGAAUUGGGGCAGCUUAAGUAUGCAGCACAUCAAAAGUUUUUGUAGUGUUCAAUAUUCUGUAAUUUUUUUGUAGGUUUAAUUACUAUAAAGAUUUGUUGGAAGAAAUUAAUAUAGAUAGCAUUAUUGAUGAAAUUAUAACCUUAGCAAGGAAAGUGCAAUUUUAACUUAAUAUAUUUUAUUCCCUCUGAAUGUUUCGGGCCAGAUCAGGAUUUGUGAUUUAAUUAAGAUAUGUUAAUGGCAUCUUUAUGUUUCCUGUAAUUUAAUAAUCAAUAUUUAUUUUUUAAUUUGUUUUAUUAUAUAUGCAUAUCUACAUUUUUAUUUUUCUAUAAAUAUCCUUACGUGUUGCUAAUUCAUUAAAUCUAAAAGUACGUUGUUUUUUUUUUUCCUUACAAAAAAAUUUUUUCUAUUUUUUUUGACAUUAGAAAUGGUGGAUUUUUUAAAAAAAAUUUUAAACACUACUUUAGAAAAUUAAUGAAGGUAUUAUGGGGGUUAGGAGGACAGCUAAAAUUAUAUGGUACAAUAAUGGCUUUGCCUUUAGAACCAGGCCUGCAUAAUAUGGAUGUACUUUUAAAGAACAUAAACUUACCUGAUUUUGUUGAAAUGUAGAUUUUAUUUUAGAAUGCCUACAUAUUACAUGUGUAUAUAUAAAUAUAUAUAUAAAGGAUAGAUUCCAUUUUUGUAUUAAUGAUUGAAACAGUUAAUGUUAUGCUAAAACUAAUCUCUACCUUUUAUACUUCAGACUUUACAAUAUUUUAUAAUAAAAAUUUUUAGUCAUAAAAUAUUUUCUAAAUAAAUGAAUAUUAUAAUCUGA